GCAAUAUUUUACGUACUUGGGGGGGUUUCCAGGGGUUCGGUGAGGGAUGGUGGGAUGAUGCGGACGAGUUUUCUGGAUCCCAUUGACGAAGAUGCCCGAAGGUCGUGGUUCACUAUUUGUCUUACUUCAACGGCCUCACAUUUACCGGGUAUAUAGACUAACUCCAAAUUAUAAUGUGUUGUUUCUGUGGUAUGACAAAUAGCACUAAAGUAGCGUUUGUUACGUGUGCUUGUCCACUCGUCAAUACUCACACUUAGCCUGUUACCUGGAGAAAAAAUAUAUGAAAGUUCUUUUAUCAUUUAUUUUAUCUUUUUCCUUAUCCUCAUAGUAUUUUAGUGUUAGAUUCAUAACAUCAUUAACACACAUGGGCAGUUUAUAUUAUUUAGCAGAAAGUGAAUCACGAAUGAAUUCACUUUUUGUGAUUCCAUUUAUGGUAAAGCCGUUUUCUACAGCCAGCCUAGCCAAUAUUUCACCCAAUGAUGGUAUCGGUAGAGUUUUUAAGUUUAGUUUCUGUUGCUGCAUACUUUUAUACCCAGGCCUGCUUUUUUUCGGUGCACUCUCACCUGAACUUAUAGAUGCUUCAGAUACGGAUUCUUCUUGGGUCACGCAUUUAGUAAAAUUGAUUUUAUGCACGUGUGGUAAAUGUCUCACCAACCUGCUAGUAUUUGAACCUUUGCAAGCAAAUGGUUUUUGGGCACUUUAAGCAUUGCGCAUUUGCAGAUUUUUUUUUACAUAUUUCCAUACUUUUAAUGCUUCCACCUUAACUGUUAUAGUGAUGUUUCGGUAAAUCUAUAACAAAAGCAAUUCAAAUUUAUUAAAAGCCCUUGGAGUAAUACAGGAAUAAUUUAAAACCCCUGCGAAGAUUUUGUGAAAAUAAACUUUAAGUAAUUUAAACAAACACGUAUUUUUUAUUUUGAUAUGUCCUCAUACUAAAAAAUAAAGUUAUCGCUUAUCAAAGAUCGAGACUUUAAAACUAAAUUUAUGGACACCGCGUGCCGUGCGUCAGCUGAGCGCGCGCUCGACUCUGUUUUGCCUAAGUAGGUAUCACGGCGUCGAGCGUGGGUCACUGACCGCUCAUUUUGUUAGAUUCGAACUAGAAUUUAUGCCAUGACCUGAGGUGAUUUGUAAGAGUAAUUCCAAUUUUCCCUUCAUACUUUUAUGGGCUUAGGACCAUCAAAAUGCAGAAAAUAAAAGAGAAACAAAUUAGAUACUUGGAAAAAAUAUUAACGUUAUGCCGAGGUUACAUAGUUUAGGUACUUCUGCGUUAAGGCGUAAUUAAAAAAUUGGAAUCAACUACGUAUUUACAAUAAUGUCCAAUCAAAAAUGAAACCUAACUACGAGUAACUUACCAUGUACUAAUCGCUGUAUUUUAAUAAUUGUUCAAAAUGAAGUCCACCUCUUUCCAGACAUAAUCGUGCACGUUUUAUUAAAUUGUCAUUUAAUUUAUUCAAAACACUAGUGUCACUUUUCACUUCACUAAAAACGUUAUUAAUUUUUAUUUUUUAGUCUUUUAGGCUUUGUGCCUCCUCUAAAUACACCCGGCGUUUGACUUCUCCCCAUAAGAAGAAAUCGCAGGGUGUAAGGUCCGGAGACCUCGCCGCCCACAGUACGGGGCCACCACGACCGAUCCAAUUUUCUCCAUAUUUUUCAUUCAGGUAGUUUCGUACCUGUAUGGCGUAAUGAGGUGGAGCGCCAUCGUGCUGAAAAUAAAAAUUCCUGAAGUACGACAACGGAAUUUCUUCAGUCAAAUUUUCUAUUGUAUUCUGUAACAUUUCUAAAUAACUCGUCCCGGUUAAGGCGCCGUCGAUAAAAACGGGCCCUAUUAUUUUAUUUUUAAUUAUCCCCGCCCACACAUUAGCACUAAAACGCACUUGGUGAUGUGUUUCUCUUACUUAAUGGGGAUUAUUAAAUGACCACCAAUGUUCAAAUCAAAUCAAAUAAUUUAUUGGCCAUAUAACUCAGAAGGUUACACACGGCAAGUCUUUUACAAUAAGCAUAUUAAAUUAAAAAUAAAGGUUUAAAUCAUGCAUGUCAAAUCAUUGUUAGUAGGAAUGUCAAAUAAAUUAAGUAUCUUAACAAUGUCAAAAUGGUUAUUUUUCCGAUCCUUAAUAAUCAAUUAUAUCACAGUAAAUUAAAUUUUAAUUAAAUUACAACAUCACAAAUUAGAUUAUACAAACAUAGAUUAUAUAUAAUUUUAUGUCAUAAAAUAUUGAUGAUUAUUAUAUCUUGUCAUCUACCAUAGAGAUCUAGUCAAUUUCGUAUCUCACCCAUCUUUAUGUAGGAAUGAAUAUUCAUCCAAACGCAUAGACAUAAAUUCAUUUAAAGAGUAUAAGGGAUACUG